AUGAGCGGUACCCCUCGGUCACCUUAUGAAUCGAUGUCAUGGAGCUCGCCGAAAUCUCCGAUGCUUCAGUCCUUCGACGCGGGCUCGAUUCAAGCAAAGAUGGACACUUUCUGUAUGGUUCAGAAAGAAACAGUGAUGAUUGAAGAGCUAGAAAGACUGAAUCAGGUGGUCUUCGAGGGGAUCAGCACGUUAUACAAAUCUCCCCAGAAGGAUGAUGCUUCGACCUUUGGAGUUCGCAUUGGACUAGAGACCCAAGACUGUAAGCCAACACAGGUAGACGAGAAUAACAUUCUUCAAAACAUGAUGGGGAAUGGUGCCAUCGGAUCCAAAAGCAUCAUCUCUCUGAAGCGAAACGGCAUUGUCAAAAAAGCAACGCUGGUGAGGACAUCUCAGAAUCGCGUGGACAAGAUUGAAGAGAUCUUCAAUAUGGUCAAAGAAAUCAAAGAUGUCUUACGCCAAGAUGAUUACCAGCACCUAUUGCCCUGUCUGGAGAUAAUCUUACAUAAUGUCCAAAAUCUGGAGCUUUCUUCGCUGGAAGAUCGAGCACAAACUCUUCAAGAGUUUUCUUCUCUCCAAGUCAAUGUCGAUGCGACAGUUGCGAGUUUGAUCGAGAUGAUUCGAGUAAUACAAGACGAGAAGCAUCAGAUGAGGAACUGGCUUGAAGCGAUUAGACAGGAGCAUGACUCGUCCAAGGACAAAUUGAAUAGCCUUGAAACAAAAAUGGAAAUGGGAAAGAGAGGUUCCGAAUCAAUCAAGUCACAUUUCGAGGAUCUGCGUAGGGAGCUGUCCAAUGUUAGGGAGGAAAACUUGCUUCUGAAGCAAGAAAUCUCCUCUUGGAAGGGAAAAAUGGAAGCAAAGGAUGGCAUGCUGGAUCAAAAAAACUUGGAGAUUCAAGAAAUCAAGAAGUCGAUGGUUGCUAAUGCAGAAAUGAUAACAAAGAAUCACCAGAGUACAGACGCAUUCAAACUGGCGACUUACUUGGAGAAAGUUGCGACAGUGAAGCCGCAAGGAUUGCUCGAGAAACUACAAACAACCAAAGUCACAGGAGACGACAUCAACAAAAUAUUGGACAUUGCAAUUCUCCAGAAUCAUCUUGACGUCGAGGACAUCAUCGCAGCCUCGUUUGCUUUCAGCGAUACAUCGAGCCCAACAAUUGUCAGGAUGAAAAACUUGUAUAAUCAAGGACGUCUAGAAAGUUUGCAGCAUGUCAUCCAAGAUCUUGACUCGCAGUUGUCUAGAUGCAUGGAUGAAAUCAUUCUUAUGAGAAGAAGGGUUGAAAAUUUGGAAGUUCAGCAAAGUAGGAACACAAGUCUGGCAGAGAAGCUAAAAAUCACAAAGGACAUGAUCAAAACCAUGAUCCCAAAAACCGAUUACUACCAACUUUUGGAAGAGAAGAAUGCAGCGAAAGAAACAUUGCGUCAGAAUGAAAUGACCAUCGGCGACCAAGAUAAUGAGAUCAGAGAUUUGAAACAGCGGAUCAAGAUGAAAGACAACGAGAUUGAAGGCUUGAAAUACAAACAGAUGGAAUUGGCAUCCCAGGACAAGAAACAGCCGGUCAAGCAAGUGCUGAGCGAGGAGGAAUACGUGACGUUGAUGACAACGUUGAAAGAGAGCACUGACAUUCAAGUGAUCGAGUUCUGUCAAAUCAUGGACUGCAUCCUGAGGAAAGAGCGACUGAAUGCAACUGACCUCUGCAUGCUGCUGGAACGGAUUGACAGAGAAAGAUCACCUUUACAUAUUUACUCGCUGCUAUCAGUGCUCGAUGGCCCGCCAUCCAGAUCGAUCGACGAGGUCAAGGUCAUCAUACAAGAGCUCAACGAUGGGACCGGCCUGUCGCUAGGGACCCUGCAGAGGAUUCUUUCAAAGCUGAGGUUCAGCUUCCCAGAUCCUCAGAAGCUUGAGAGGUGGCUUGAACAGAGCGAAGAAAACCUGGAGCGAUGCCCCAUCCCUUCGGAUCAUGAUGAGAUGAACGAUAUGAGGCGGCAGCUGCGUGAACUCCAGAAGAAGAUCUCGCAAGACGAAUCGCCGUCAUCCCCAGUGAUAGCUCCUCCCGGGGGCUCCUUCCAGACGGAUCACAUGCACGUGGUCCUUGCUUCGGCCACUCCCAACACCGUCAUCUACUACUGCACCGACGAUCGGGAGCUGAGCCUCAGCAAUUACGAACAAGCAGGAGCCUCGCCCAUCCGCAUCACCCUCAGGAAGUUGUACAUUUCACGCUCGGACCUGUUGCAUGGCAAGUGA